AUGAACAGGGAGUCUCCGUUGCCAUAUUACACAGCCCAGAACAGCUCCAAAGUGGGCAUGUUCAAUACCACCAUGGGAAAACUGCAACGCCAACUGCAGAAGGGAGAAUAUGACAUCUUCAAGCACGCACCUAUAUUCGAGAGUGACUUCAUCCAGAUCACGAGAAGAGGAGAGGUGGUUGAUGUGCACAACCACGUCCGCAUUCUGACCAUGGGCAUCGCAUCCACCAGCCCCAUCCUCCCACUUCCAGACGUCAUGCUGCUGGCCCGCCCGGCCACCGGCUGGGAAGAGCAUGCAGGGCGCAGCAGAGUCACCACGGGAAAAAGCCGCCAGGCUGCAAAGACCUUGGAGCUCACGAGGCUCCUUCCCUUGAAGUUUGUGAGGAUCUCCAUUCAUGACCGUGAGAAACAACAGCUGCACCUGAAGUUCGCCACUGGCCGCUCCUGCUACCUGCAGCUGUGCUCCCCUCGGGACGCUUGGGACGACCUCUUUGCCGGCUGGGAAAACCUCGUUCACCUCCUGCAGACACCAGUGGACAGUCACAACAGUACCUACACCAACCCUGCCAAGGACAUGGCAUGCGUGCCUGUGUUUGAGGAUGAGGACAGGAGGAGCCAGAGAGCGGCCAAUCUCCGAGGGAAAGAAGAUCAGGACCAGGUCAGCAUCAGAAGCCUCCACGUGGUCUCUGAGGUGGCUGGGGCCACUUCUGCAGCUUUUGCUGGAGGGGAGAGUAUCCAAUAUGACUCCCAUAGAUUCACUAACAUGCCUGAUGUAGCCACCCCAAACCCAAAACCUAUGGAGCUUGACAAAGUAUCAGUACCAAGGGCGGCAGCAGGCACCACAGCAGUUGCUCUGAGCAUGCCAAUAACCACAUCUACUGCCCUUGAACAACUAAGUGCAGCCACAGCAGGGGCAGCCACCAAGGGCCCAGGGGGGAGCAGCACCAGCAUAGCCAUUGCAGGUACUGCCAACAUGUCCCCCAAGAGCAUUAAGACGGCCUUCAGAGGUACUGCCAAUAAGGUCCCAGGGAGUCCUUCCAAGACUAGCCUCUCCCCAGAGACCAGCAUGAUUGUUGCAAGGGCAAAAGCAGAGCUGACCAGCAAGACUGUUGGAGAAACAGCUAUCGGCCGUGCCACAGAACUUCUCAGUGCAACCUUGCCCAAAGAAGGUAGUGUAACUGAACAGGCCGGAAGGCAGCAGCAAGUAUCCUCUGCCAUGGCUGAAGCCUACAAGAGCAGAAAGGGCAGGAGGGAGCAAAGGGAAAGGAACAAAGCUCUCAGGAGUCCCCAUCACCUAAGGACAAUUGAAAGCCACCAAAAGCCAGGGGGUGACAAGAUCUUUCGAAAACCAUCUAGCUGGUUCUUAGGCAGGCAGAGAAAUGACAAAAAGGAGUCACGUUUCAGCAGCUCCGGGGACAACAGGCCUGUCACCAUGCACAAAGGCAUCAGCUCUGCUCCCAUCACCAAGGACUCCAGAACCUCUCACAAACCAGGGAGGAGCUUGUCCACAACCAAGAGACUCAGCAGUAUCAGCUCUUUCUGGAGGAAUGUCAAAGCCAAUCUUACAACAAAAAUCGUGACCUCACCACACGGCAAGGAGGUGAACAAUCUGGCUAAGACAAUGGGAAGGAACAGCAUGGAGAGCAUCAUAGAGAGAGGAGAGAGUGGCCAGAGACUGGAGAUGAUUGACAGUCCAACAUCUGAGAUCAUAGAGAUAAUGACCUUAAUACCCUAUUAG